AUGAGGCUUCACGUGACGUCUUUGCUACAUGUCCAACAUCAUCAGCCAGGGCGUUCAUUCGAAAUCAGACAACCUGCGCUACUCGAGGCGAUUCGAGUUGGGAAGUACGAGAAGGGUCAUACUUCACCUGAUAAAAGACCUCGCAGAUGCCUCGCAACGUUGAACUCGACAUCUGGUCGCUUUUCCCGUGGUUAUGCCACGAAUGCGGGUGCCGAUACACCGAACCGCCCUCACCGUUACGAGUCGAUCAUGAACAGCCUGGCGCAAUUUACCCUUUUGACUGUCCUCUCUCGAGGGCGGUUUCAGGGCUAUGAAAAUCAGAUCUGGAACGGAUCGAGAGCUUCGCUGCCGAUCGUCUCGCCAACGAAGUCGAAUGAUCGGCCAGUGAGCCAGCACGCCAGCGAGGAAAGGAGCGAGGGUCGAAAACAGAGCGAUAAUGGGACAUCUCGCCAUGGCCGCAGCAACUCAGCGGGCCCUGGUAGCAACCACAGCGGCGGAGACGAUGCUGGAUCUUAUCUGAAAGGCGAACUGUAUUCUGCCGUUCUACUGGCGCAGUCCUUCGUCAUACUCGGGGAAAUUGGACUUGUAGGCUGCAGCGCCGUGGAAGAGACUGACGACGACGGUUUUGAGAGUUGGAACAGGUGA